UGUUCGUCGUCGUCGUCGUCGUCGGGGAAAGGGAAGAUGGCGAAGCUGGGAGACGCCUUGACGGAGGUGCUGAUACCCCUCGCGGCGGUGAUCGGCAUCGGCUUCGCGGUGCUGCAGUGGAUCCUGGUGUCCCGAAUCAGGCUCUCGAGCGGGCCGGUGGAGAAGAACGGGCGCCCCGAGAACCUCGUGGGGGGGGAGCCGGAGGAGGACGAGGAGGAGGGCGUCGAUGGCCCGGCCUCCGUCAUCAAGUGCGCGGAGAUCCAGAGCGCCAUCUCCAUUGGGGCCACAUCGUUCCUCAUCACCGAGUACAAGUAUCUUGCAGUUUUCAUGGUGAUCUUUGGUGUGAUCAUCUUUCUCUUCCUUGGAUCAGUAAAAGGCUUCAGCAAAGACAGCCAACCUUGCACCUACAGCAAGGACAGAAUGUGCAAGCCGGCCGUGGCAAAUGCUGCUUUCAGCACGCUGGCUUUCCUGCUCGGCUCGCUCACCUCCGUUCUCUCUGGUUUUCUUGGCAUGAAGAUUGCAACCUAUGCUAACGCCAGAACAACUGUGGAAGCAAGAAAAGGUGUUGGAAGAGCUUUCAUCGCGGCUUUCAGGUCUGGUGCUGUCAUGGGCUUCCUUCUUGCUGCCAAUGGCCUACUUGUUCUGUACAUAUCCAUCAAUUUGUUCAAGAUAUACUACGGAGAUGAUUGGGAAGGUCUGUACGAGUCCAUCACAGGUUAUGGCCUCGGUGGUUCCUCGAUGGCGCUCUUUGGCAGAGUUGGAGGUGGUAUAUACACCAAAGCCGCCGACGUCGGUGCUGAUCUCGUCGGCAAAGUCGAAAGAAACAUACCUGAAGAUGACCCACGCAACCCGGCGGUGAUCGCUGACAACGUCGGAGACAAUGUUGGAGAUAUCGCCGGAAUGGGCUCGGACUUGUUCGGAUCAUACGCUGAAUCUUCCUGUGCUGCGUUGUUCGUGGGCUCGAUCUCUUCGUUUGGCAUCGACCAUAACUUCUCGGCCAUGUCUUAUCCUCUGUUGAUAAGUUCCAUGGGGAUCAUCGUUUGCUUGUUCACCACCUUGGUUGCCACUGACUUCUUCGAGAUCAAAAGCGUCAAACAGAUCGAACCUUCCUUGAAGUGGCAACUAGUGAUCUCCACAGUCCUCAUGACCGGGGGAAUCGCCAUCGUCAGCUUUGUUGCCCUGCCAUCCAAAUUCACUCUCUUCAACUUCGGAGAGGACAAGACCGUCAAGAACUGGCACCUCUUCUUCUGUGUUUCCGUCGGGUUAUGGGCGGGGCUCAUCAUCGGCUACGUCACCGAGUACUUCACGAGUAACGCCUACAGGCCAGUUCAAGCUGUUGCAGAUUCCUGUAGAACGGGUGCAGCCACUAAUGUCAUCUUUGGACUGGCUCUCGGAUACAAAUCAGUCAUCGUUCCAAUAUUUGCCAUAGCUAUAGCCAUUUACGUCAGCUUCAGCCUGGCUUCCAUGUACGGGAUUGCUGUCGCAGCUCUGGGAAUGCUUAGUACGAUAGCCACCGGCCUUUCCAUCGAUGCGUACGGACCCAUAAGCGACAACGCCGGUGGGAUCGCCGAGAUGGCCGGAAUGAGUCGCAAGAUCCGCGAAAGGACUGAUGCUUUGGACUCUGCAGGCAACACCACCGCUGCCAUCGGCAAGGGUUUCGCUAUUGGAUCGGCAGCUCUGGUCUCCCUUGCCUUGUUUGGAGCCUUCGUGAGCAGAGCAGGCAUCGACUUCGUCAACGUGCUGUCUCCCAAGGUUUUCAUCGGAUUGAUGGUGGGAGCCAUGCUUCCGUACUGGUUCUCUGCCAUGACCAUGAGGAGCGUCGGCAGCGCGGCGCUGAAGAUGGUGGAGGAGGUCCGGCGGCAAUUCAACACCAUUCCUGGCCUCAUGGAAGGCACCACGAAGCCGGACUACGCGACCUGCGUCAAGAUCUCCACGGACGCGUCGCUGAGGAAGAUGAUCCCGCCGGGCGCUCUCGUCAUGCUCACCCCCCUGAUCGCCGGCACGUUCUUUGGGGUGGAAACUCUCGCCGGGGUCCUCGCCGGUGCGCUGGUUUCCGGCGUGCAGGUCGCUAUCUCAGCUUCCAACACUGGUGGUGCAUGGGACAACGCAAAGAAGUACAUAGAGGCAGGUGUUUCCGAGCACGCCAAGACACUGGGUCCCAAGGGGUCGGACCCGCACAAAGCCGCGGUGGUCGGUGACACCAUAGGGGACCCGCUGAAGGACACGUCGGGGCCCUCCCUCAACAUCUUGGUGAAGCUCAUGGCGGUGGAGUCGCUGGUGCUCGCUCCCUUCUUUGCCGCCCAUGGCGGACUGCUCUUCAAGUGGUUCCGGUAAAAGAACGCGUGCAUGGGUUGGUGGCAAACGAGGAGGAGAGCUUGCUGUGUUCCAUUAAAGGCUUCGAGAACAGGAGGACUCCUGUGGCAAUCGCCUUCUCUUUCUUUCUCUCGCUGUCGUUGGUGUUGUUGUGGUCUUUUACGUUGAACCCGAAUCAAUACAAUGCUAAUAGCAUUGACGGCUUCACUUUUUAAUUA